AUGGCUCGAAACGAGGAGAAGGCACAGUCGAUGCUGAACCGCUUCAUCACGAUGAAGGCGGAGGAGAAGAAGAAGCCGAAGGAGCGGCGUCCGUUCCUCGCCUCGGAGUGCCGCGACCUCUCGGAGGCUGACAAGUGGCGCCAGCAGAUCAUGCGCGAGAUCGGGCGGAAGGUGGCGGAGAUUCAGAACGAGGGUCUCGGGGAGCAUCGUCUGCGCGACCUCAACGAUGAGAUCAACAAACUCAUUCGGGAGAAGUCCCACUGGGAGCGCCGCAUCGUGGAGCUCGGCGGGCCCAAUUACGCGAAGCACUCCGCCAAGAUGACGGAUCUCGAUGGCAACAUCGUCGAUGUCCCCAACCCGGGCGGCCGCGGCCCCGGCUACCGCUACUUCGGCGCGGCGAAGAAGCUCCCCGGCGUCCGGGAGCUCUUCGAGAAGCCCCCGGAGCUUCGCAAGCGGCGCACGAGGUAUGACAUUUAUAAGCGGAUUGAUGCGAGUUAUUAUGGUUACCGUGAUGACGAGGAUGGCGUGCUGGAGCGGCUGGAGGGGCCGGCGGAGGAGGCGAUGCGGCGGGAGGCGGCAGAGGAGUGGAGGAGGUUGGAUGAGGUGAGGAGGGAGGCGAGGAAGGGAGUGAAAAGUGGGGAUGUGGUGGAGGUGACAGCGGUGGCGAGGGAGUUGCUGAGGGAGGAGGAGGAGGAGGUGGUGGAGGAGGAGAGGGAGAGGGAGAGAUGGAAAGAGGAGGAGAGGGAGAAGAGGGAGUUUAUUGUGCACGUGCCGCUGCCCGACGAGAAGGAGAUUGAGAGGAGGGUACUGGAGAAGAAGAAGAUGGAGCUGUUGAGUAAGUAUGUGAGUGAGGGGCUUAUGGAGGAGCAGACUGAGGCCAAGGACAUGCUCAAUAUUCAGCGUUAG